GUCGGUUGUCUGUCUUGGUGGAUUACUAUCUCUGCGCGUGUGUCUUUGGUUGUUUUCUCUCUGGUGUAAAGUUCCUCAGCUCGUCACUAAAGUUAAAAUGUGAACGCAUCGUGUGACGUCAGUCAUUGCCCAGCUGCUGCUGACCUCAGUGAACACUUUGACACGAACCACAGACACAAACUGACCGACACGAAGCGAGUUUAACGCUUUUAUAGCAAACUGAAGUUAGCUAAUGUGACGUUAGCCGCUAAUGUGACGUUAGCUAACUCAGCGGGUUACUGAAGUGCACUUUGUCCCGCAGGAAGUCCAGCAGCUGCAGGAGGUCACCGACAGCACCAGAACUUAAUCAGGACCGUUCUGAGCUGUGACCCGUCCUCUGUAAUCUGUGGUGUCGUUUGGUGGAGGCGACAACGCUGAAUCUAAACAGGCAGAAAAAAAGUUCUGAUUAGAGGAUUUAGCAGAUAAUCGUGGUCGUCUCUUCUUCCCGCCGCCAUCUUGAGUUGAUGAUGCCUCACAGAUAAUAAUCAGCUGUGACUGUGGACGAGGCCUGAGAUACAGAUCGUCAGCCACUGUAACUGUUCCUGUUCUGCAGCUCUGACGCCCUCUGGGACGAUGGCGAACCCUCUGAGGGCCGAAGUCGUCCAACUCUACAAAAAUCUCCUCUAUCUCGGACGAGAGUAUCCCAAAGGUGGCGACUACUUCAGGGACCGCCUGCGAGCAGCGUUCUCUAAAAACAAAGGUGUGCAGGACCCGGAGCAGAUCAAGGAGAUGAUCGCUCGGGGGGAAUAUGUGGCCCGAGAGCUGGAGGCGCUCUACUACCUGAGGAAGUACAGAGCCAUGAAGAAACGCUACUACGAGGACUAAAAACUCACGUCCACUCUGAUGUCAGUUGUCUCUAAAGAGCAUUAAUUCGUCCUGUUUUUAACAAAUGAGACAAACAUAAAAAGAAAAAAUCUUACAGUUUAUUUCGGGCUCAUUAAACAACAGACUGGAACGUCGUCCUCUCAGAACCAAAGUAAACCUGCAGCAGCUCCAAGGUUUGAUUCCUGAAGAGUUCGUAGAGUACGGAAAGAAAAGUUAAAUAAAAGUAUAAAAACGA